UGCACCAGACUCAGUGUGUUUGCUGGGAUUCAGCUGAGGAGAGGUUUAUGGCUUUGAGCUCAUUCGUAUUUGAGGUGUUUAAAACGAUUCAGAGCUGUUUUUUUCCUACGAAGUAUUGCAACAGCGUAAUAACGCCAUUUAGCAAGAGUAACGAAAAAUGAAGGUAGAAUGUUGAACUGUUGUGAUGUUUUAUGUGAAUGGUGCAAAACUGAGUGCAUACAUAAUGUUUAAAGCGCAUCUAUACGAGCUGCAGAAAGACUUACGUUUAUUUAUUUAUUUACUUAUUUUUUCAGUUAAUUAUUCUCGUCAUCUUAAACAUGACAAAGCGUGCAAACAGGAAGCACUUAAGCUGAAACUGAGAUCUGCGUGACACACUGUUAUAAACAUGGAUUGUAUUAAAGAAGAGAAUGAAGACAUAAGAAUUUCAGAAUCAUGCAGAGUGAAAAAUGAAGAUACUGAGGACCAAGUAGACCUGAUGCUGCUGAAAGAGGAAAGUCAAGAAUUGAAUGAAGUGGAGGAGAAACACCAUGAUUUCACAAGUGGAGACAAAUCUUUUAGUUGCGCAGAGACUGAAAAGAGAUCCUCACAAAAAAGAACUCCGAAAACAGUAUCUAAAAGUUGUUUCACUUGCCGUCAAUGUGGAAAGAGUUUCACGCGUAAAGGACACCUUCAUAGCCACUUGAGAAUUCAUACUGGAGAGAGCCCUUUCACCUGCAAACAGUGUGGGAAGAGUUUCAAUCAGAAAGGAAACCUUAAAAGCCACAUGAGAAUUCACACUGGCGAGAGCCCUUUCACCUGCCAACAGUGUGGAAAACGUUUCACUCAAAAAGGAAACCUUAAAAGCCACAUGAGAAUUCACACUGGCGAGAGCCCUUUCACCUGCAAACUGUGUGGGAAGAGCUUUGCACAAAAAGGAAACGUUAGGCACCAUAUGAGAAUUCACACUGGAGAGAAGCCUUUCACAUGUCAUCAGUGUGGAAAGAGUUUCACACAAAAAGUAACCCUUAAUGGCCACAUGAGAAUUCACACAAGGGAGAACUGUUUCAUAUGUCAUCAGUGUGGAAUGAGUUUCACAGACAUGAAACACCUUAACAGGCAUGUGAUAACUCACACCGGAGAAAAGCCUUUCAAAUGCCCUCAGUGUGGAAGGAAGUUCCGAUUAAAUAAAAACCUGAAGAGUCACAUGAAAAUUCACACUGGAGAGAAGCCUUACAUGUGCCAUCACUGUGGAAAGACUUACGCACACAAAGGAAAUCUUAAGGUUCACGUAAGGCUUCACACUGGAGAGCGGCCUUUUAUUUGCCCUCAGUGUGGAAAGUGUUUCACACAUAAAGGAAAUCUUAAGAGUCACAUAAGACUUCAUACCGGAGAGAGACCUUACACGUGUCUUCAGUGUGGAAAGAGUUUUACUUAUCAAAGAGACCUAAAAAGUCAUUUGCAGAUUCAUUCCGGUGAGAAACUCCAGUGUUCCGAGUGUGGAAAGACAUUCGCAGAGAGGAUCAACUUCAUAAAUCAUCUGCGCAUUCACUCUGGAGAAAGGCUGCUUAAUUGUGAUUACUGUAGUAAAAAAUUCCUUUUGCCAUCUCACUUAGAAAUACAUCUAAAAAGUCAUGCUGUUGAGAGACCCUAUUUUUGUUCGUUGUGUGGAAAGGGUUUUAAAUGGCUCGGCAAUUUAAAAUCGCACCAGAAAAUGCAUAGUGGUGUGAAUGCCUGUACCAGAGCAAGCUACUUGAAACGGCACCAACAAAUCCUUACGGGAGAAAAAAUGGAAAAGGUUUCACAUAGUGGAAAGCUUUUCACUGCUUCAGAAACUUUAACAGAAACACAAGAAGGGGUGCAUACUGGAGAGAAGUUAUACAACUGCUCUUCAUGUGGGAUGAAUUUCAGCACAUCAAUUUAUCUUUUGGCUCAUAAAAAGAAGCACUGUCAGAAGUAGUCAUAAAGAACAAAGCUCAUUUUCAGUUAAAUGGUGCGAAUUAAGAUCAAAAGGUGUAAUUUCUCCCAAAAGAGGGUAAUUUGAUCCAAGUUCUAUAUAGGAAGCUUAUAAGAGGUCAAAAUAUUAGUCCAAUAAACUUGUCUGGCUGUGCAAUACCACAAUGUUUAAAGGGAUGCUUUUUGUUCAUGUUUGGAGACUAGCAUUAGUAGGAAAUUAAUUAAGCAAGGCAAAUUAUGUAGCACAUCUCAAUGGUAAUUGUGCAUGAAGUGCUUUACGAAGACGUGAGAAAGAAAAUGAACAUUUAAAGUUUUUCAAUCAUUUAAGAACAAACAAAAGAAAAACAAUUAAGUAAAAAUUUGAGUAGAUGAGUAAACCAAAGAAAAAAUAUAUAUAAAAGGACAAAGUGAAAGAGUGCAGAUUGCACAGUAAUCAUUUCAUUUUCAGUUAGUGAUUUUGAUAGAAAUGAUCUAUUGUUUAGACUUUAGUAAUUGUUUAUCUUUGAUUUUGUAUUCAUUAACCAAGUUCACAACAAUCAGAUUGCUCUUGGUGGUUUAAUAAGCGUUUUGCAUUUGGUAGUUUGUGGAACAGACACAGUCUCUAUGUUAAUUAGGUGAUAGUCGUUAUGUGUGGUAAUUUAUAUGAACUAUGUAACAACUCAAGGGAGCUAGCAGAUGUUCAGUUAAGCCAGUCUGUCUGCAUCCUGACCUGGGUCCCGGUAUGUACUAACACUACGAAGACUAUCAGCCAGAUUUCUAGAGAGAAGAUCAGCAUCUUCCCAGGAGGGAUGGAGAUGUCUCACUUAAGCUUGUCAGGUCUAACCCAAAAACUCAGCCAAUUAUCUAUGAAUCCUAUCCUACUCUGUGGACACCACUUAGGGGGUUUUCACACUGCCGAAUCCGAGUGAUUCUGAUUGCACUCACUCUGCACGAUUACACUGCAGGCUUACUCUCACUCAUAUCCAAGGUAAAUCAUCACCACUGUCAUACCAUAUAUGUGUUUUGUUGAAUUAAUGACAUCGUCAUUGGCUAAAACUGCACAGGUUACUUUAUUUCCUGAACUAGGGUACACCCAAGACCGAGUUGCUUUCACAUUCACAUGAACAGUUCGAGUGCAACCAAACUCAGAUCACCUCCUAUACAGGUAGUCUCAGGUUUGGGCUCCUGGAUCUGCAUGACAGCUUUCACGUUACCAAUUUUUGAUGUGAUCCAUGAUCUCUGUUUUGAAUUAAACUGCUAGUUUUUCAUUGGCAAUAAUCGGUAACACUUUAGAACACUGUUCUGUCAUUAAUGAAUAACUACACAGGAACAAACGAGUAACACACUAUUAACAUUCUAGUAACUACUAUUAACAAGAAACUCUUACUAAUGAAUUAGUAAGUAAUAGUGCUCAGUUGAAUGUGGUAGUUCACUAGUGUUGUAUAGUCAAGACCAAGACUUUAAGAGGUUGAGACCAAGUCAAGACCAAGACCAGACUAGCACUCCUCAAAUUCAUCUGGAAGAUCCUAAUUUACUGUAAAUUACUGUAAUUUACAUUAUAUUAAUGGUGUUAAUAAAUAAAUCAAACAAUGCAUCUGCAAUAUGGUGAUAUCCCCAUAGUUGUGGUCUUGACCGGUCUUGAAACAAAAUCCAGAGUCCUCUUAGUCUGAGACCGAGACAAGACUGAGUACAAAUGUCAUUUAUUACUCACCCUCAUGUCGUUCCACACCAGUAAGACCUUCGUUCAUCUUCAGAACAGAAAUGUAAGAUAUUUUUGAUAAAAUCCGAUGGCUCAGCGAGGCCUGCAUUGAUCGUUUCCUUUUUCAAUGCCCAGAAAGGUAAUAAAAACAUUUUAAACAGUU